AUGCAGCGUGCGACGGGCUCCGAGCGGCCACAGGUGCUACUCCCUCCUCCGCCGGACACUGGCGCCGACCAAACAUGGAGCUAUGAUACGCAGCCGCCCGUGUCGGGGAUGGCGUGCUGCACGAGCCGCGGCAAGCCGAAGGAGCUGUCCAAGCCGAAGGGGCCCGUCUGGGAGACCGCCGACCUCACCUGGUGGGACUUCCAGAGGCGGCGCUGGCGCACGCUGUGGCUCAUGAGGACGAUAUUCUACCGUCUGAAGAAGACCGCGGCCGAUACCGAGAACCUGUCGCCGGAG